CGCGUUUUUGUUGCGCAGGAACAGCACGCGCCAACGUCACCAAACGUGAUAGGAAGUGUUGUGUUGCUAACGGUCAGCUGAUAGAGCAGCAGCUCUACACUCUACACUGUCCACGGUCAAAGAUGGCCUACCCUAAAUCCCACAACCCGUUUGCAGAUGAUGACGAUGAGGAAGAUUUUAAGCCUAAAAAUCGGGGGUUUGAUGACGACCCCAGUGACAGUGGGAUGAGUGAUGCAGAAAGGAGGCAGAGGUACCUCCAGCAGGAAGUGAUGCGCACAGCUCAGUCUGCUGUGGACAGUAGUCACCGUUCCCUCGGCCUCAUCUAUCAGUCAGAGAAGAUGGGUGUGGAAACUGCAGAGGAGCUGAUGCGACAGGGCGAGGUUCUGAAGAGGACAGACAAGAUGUUGGACAACAUGGAUCAGGACCUGAAGACCAGCCAGAGGCACAUAAACGGUAUCAAGAGUGUGUGGGGCGGCCUUGUCAAUUACUUCAAGGGCAAGCCAGAAACAAAGCCACCACCUGAGCAGCCAAAGGCUUACCAAGCCAGUGACAGAUUACAGAAUGCCUUGUCCAGCAGCAGAGAACAUGAAGAUAAGUACCAAGCCAGCCACCCUAACCUAAGAAAGUUGGAAACAGGAGGAUUUGGAGCUUCUGCAUCAAUAGACGACAGCUCACAGAACGGAUACCCUCAGAAUAGACACCUCAGAGAGGCUCACCAGACCCUCGACAAAAAUUUAGAUGAGAUGUGCGAUGGCUUGAGCAGACUGAAGAACCUUGGACUUGGUCUCCAGUCUGAGAUUGACAACCAGGACGACUCCCUUGAUUCUCUGCUGAAUAAAGUGGACAAGAUGGAUCUCAAGAUCCACAACACAAACCAACAGAUUAAAAACCUCAAAUAAAACAAACACUUACCUUGCUCACUUUACAGAGACAAAAGACGGCAACAGGCCAUCCUGUCACUUUGCUCUCCAUCCUGGCCUCUGUAGAACAAUGUCUGAUUUUCUUUUUUUUUUUUUAUGGAUUGGAACAUAUAACGCUGGCAGAUAUGCAAGUGAAGACUUUUUUUUAUCCGUAUUAUUUUCUUCUUGAAUGACUGAGAGGUAAUUUAUGUUUCAGAUUUACCCAUCAAUCCAAGUUUGUGUCAAAAUUCCUUCUGCCAUUUCAUUGAUUUGUGUGCUAAAGACUCUAUUUCUUGUGUGUAUUAGAUGCAAGGGACUGUCUCUGUCCAGGUCCUUCAUCAUGCUCCACUGCACAUCUGUCUGAAAGUAGUCCAUUGAAUUUGCAUUGGUAUGGAUGAUUACAGUUUGAUCAGUUUUUCUCUAUUGCCAGAGAUGUACAAGUGGCUACUAAUUUGUUCAUCAUUCAGGUAAAACAGAUGAAUAGUUUGACUAAUGGGCAAGAGUAUUGUUAAUUGAUUAAGAAUUCAGCAAAAGGAGAAGGUCUUGACAGAUCUGUCUGAAAGUGAAAUGUUUUGUGUAUGUGAUUCAUAUGUUAUUGCUAACUCUUAAUUCAUGGACACUUCAAGCUCAAGUCACUUUUGCCUUACAUGUUAUUUUUAUGUAUCGUAGACUCUCUACUUUUAGUUUAAAAUAUGUUCAUGUAAUUCAGUGCUUUCCCUAGCUUUAUAUAAAUGUGACAGAAUGUGAUUCAGUGAAUUAUUGUACAGCACAAAUAAUGUGAACAAGCUCGCCGUGAAUAUAAAAACUGAAGGAAUAUCCCAUUAACUGUAGUCAUACAUGUUUUCUCUGGGAUAUAUGUAUGAGUAGAUGAACCAUUUUUAAGUUAAACUAAAACAAAAGGUUAUUCCACUAAAACAGUCAGAAAUAAGAAAAUAAAUGACUUGCAGUCACAAGGUUUAAUUCUUGCCAUGUAUAUCAUGCAUUGUAAUCAAAACCACAUACCCAAUAAAAACAUUUAUAAGGGGA